CAUACUAGCUCAGACCAGCCUCAGCUCCGACCAUUACUUGCUGCGUCGCCUUUCAAUCUCACCAUCGCCGCAUCACUGACGACUGACCGUGCACGCCUAUCCUUCCAUCGCUCGCUAGACUUGGGCAUACCUCGCUGAUUGCAAGGCGAAUCAGGCGCAUACAAGCUGUUCAGGACAGGUAGGACCGGGCAUUCGCCAACUCGUAAGCAUGCGACUCCAUCCACAUGGACGCACUCGGGCUUGCUCAACCAAACAAAGGCGACCAUUCACUCUCACGACAGCGGUCACACUCACAUGCUUGCUGCUUGCAAUUAGCAGCGCCGCAACGCUGGCAAAACUAGACGAGACGAGGGUAGCAGGUCGGCCUUCGCACAAAGCAUCGGAUUCAGACGGUUUUCGCGCGGCGGCGGCGGCGGCAGCAGCAGCAGCAGCUGCUGCCGGUGCGGCCUCCGCUGAAGACAAGAGACUCUCUGGAGACAGGGAUGCAGGAGUCAAAGCAGACGUGUGGUCCUCCUUGAGUGCGAGACGUCUAGCACAACUGGCUGCUAUCCGCGCUGGUCUCGAUCCAGACAGCGCGGCAAAAGCUGACGGCGGCGACAAAUCACCUGGACGAUGGGCAGACUACGUCCCUUCCGAUGCGCUCCUGGAUCAUCGUACUCAAGGAGCUCUUGGUGGGCAAAAGAUCACUCUGGAUUCGCCGCUUUCUGCGCCUGCUAAGGCCGGCCCAAUUUCCAGAGCCGCGGCACGAAAUAGAGGCGAAACCCAGAGCGGACGGAGAAGCCGUCGCUUUGAAGAAGAGGAAGAUGACGACUACGAGGAGGAUGAGGAUGAUGACUACGAUGAUGAAGAGCCCCUCAUUCCCACUAAACGCAAGGCCGUGCGGCGAUCGCGCAAGCUGGCGCGACGAGCAGCCCAAGCAGGAGAAAGUCUACUGGCGCGCAUCUUUCGAUACUUUGUCUGGUCAUUCGCUUCUAGCUACAGCGCUUCAGCGAUCGUCCUUCGCGUCCUGCUCUUCACGCCUUUGCGAAUUCUGUUUGGAGCUGCGGCGCAUGGAGCUACGGGGACCCUGCGCACGACGGCUUGGGCAUCAGAGUUGAUGCUCUAUCGACCUAUCUCGACUGCAGCGUCGCCGCUGGUCUACCUUGUACAGGGAAUUUUUUUCUUGGUCAUUUGGUCACCAUAUCGCCUGAUACGUGUCGUCGUCAGAGAGCUCUACCCGGUCUAUGUUUUCUUAGGUGCCGCUUUAGCCUUGGGAACAUGCAUAGGGCUUGGUGGAGCGGCGGUGCUGUAUCUCAGCUCAUUCUUCCUGAGCGACACUUCUCCAAUGGAAUCGAGCUUGAACGCCAAGGGCAAAGAAGCGCUCAACGAGACGCACAAAGCAGCAAAGCGCCGCGCUUUUGCGUAUCAAGACGGUGCUCCUCGAGAAGCCGCGUACACAUCCGGCGGCGCCUCUCUAAGCAGACGAGGCAAGGGGGAGAGCGUGCUGGAACGGAGUUUGCGAGAGAUCGAGAGGGAGAAGGCCAGGAGAGGGGAAGUCAUGGACGCGGACCAGAUCUGGGACCGCGAAAGAGCUGCUGCUGCUGCCGAAGCCGAGAGGAUGGAAGCCGUGGGUGUCAGUCUGAACGGCACUCGACGUCGUGGUAGUGCAAGUAACAAUGACCACGUUCCAUCACCAGAGAGCGAUGAGGAUGACGUGGCAUUGGACGACGACUACUUUGGUCGCUACCCGGAUUCGCAUUCGGCGCGCGGAGGUGUCCGACCUGCAUCCAAUGCAUCUGCAGCAACUUCAUCCAUUUCCCGUAGAACGAGUGGUCAGAGCAGCAGCAAGGGUAAAGGCAGAUCUCUGGACGGAUACGAAGACGUGCAUGCACCCAAUAGCAACACGACGUUAAGGUUGGAUACCUCUCCAUCGGAGCUGCAUUCUCCAGUCAGUCAGAUGAAAUUGCCUCUCGGAGCGACUGGGCGUGGAGGAUGGGGCUACGGAAGAGGCGCGGCACCUUUGAACGCCGCGGGAAGCAACCACUCUAGCCCGGCGCAAAGUCCAAUCGCCACUGCCAGGCGACUCCCUAGUCGACCCGGAAGCAUCAAAGAUGCAGAGGUGUAUGGUCACGCUUCGUCCCACACUUCGGCCUCCGGCAGUCCGUACGCAUCGCUCAACAGCACGCCCCUCGCAAGCCCGGACGUGAUCCGCAAACCAUUGCCGGUCGGUCUGAAGCGCAGACUCGGUGCUGGCUCUUGAGAGUGUGGGAUGGAUCACAAGCCACUUUACACCGCCCUUCUUGGCAUCAUCGACUGCGCUGAAUAAUGCCCUUGACGCGCACGCUGACUUUGUCGUACUUGAGGCCAACACUUGUUUAAG